AUGAUUCAGCGAAUCGUUUCCACUGCCACUUUGGCGCUUGCUUUCAUUGGUGAAGUUUCCGCGACGAAUAAGUAUACGUUAGUCGAUGAUUAUGCAGGAACCAAUUUUUUUGAUAUGUUCGAUUUUUAUACGGGAGCCGACCCAACAACCGGAUUCGUUUCAUAUACCUCUAAAGAAGUAGCCGGAAAUUCAAACAGCGAGCUUGGUGUAGCCUUGACAAAGGUCGAGAAUGGACAAGCUUAUAUGGGUGUCGACUAUGUUAAUGUGGUCACCACUGGCCGGCCCAGUGUUAGGAUACAAAGUAAAGAGACCUAUACUCAUGGCUUGAUUAUUGCCGACCUUGCGCAUAUGCCGGCUAGUAUUUGUGGUACCUGGCCAGCGUUCCGGACCGUCAAUACCACUAAUUACCCACGAUACGGAGAGAUAGAUAUUCUUGAAAAUAUCAACGAGAAGACUGUCAGCCUGCAAACGCUUCGUACCGAAGAAGGAUGCUAUAUUUCCGGUAACCAGUAUUCAACUCAACUAAAAGAUAACGUCACAACAUAUAAUUGUGAUGAUUCUGCUGCGUCAAGCAUAUUCGGAGCCCAAGAUGCUACCUCUGCAUGCUCUGGUACUAACUCCGACCCGAAUUCAUACGGAACGACAUUCAACAACAACGGGGGUGGUGUAUAUGCUAUGCAAUGGACUAGUGAUGUUAUCAGAAUGUGGAACUUUGGACCCGAUGCAAUUCCAGCCGAUAUAACUGCUGGUACACCAGAUCCAUUCACCUGGGAUCUUCCUGCCUUUACUACCGAAGGAGGAGUUUGCAACAUUGAUGGAUUAUUUGCCAACCACAAGAUUAUUUUUGACACAACAUUUUGUGGAGGAUAUGCUGGACAGACUGGAUUCUGGCAAGAGACAACUUGUUAUGAUGCAGAAAAAUAUCCUACUUGUGAUAGUUAUGUCGGAGCAAACCCAGAAGCAUACAAGGAAGCCUACUGGCUCAUCAACAGUGUUAAGGUUUACCAAAAUGAUACCCUGGCCGCUACUAGCGCUGCUGCUGCUUCAUCUACAUCAGCCGCUAUCGUUGCUUCUUCGACCAAAAUCUCAACUACUGCUAGCCCAGUAAUUAGCUUGACUGCUCGAGCCGAAUCUCUUUUGGGUGUCGCCACAUCCGAAGCCGCAUCGAUCGUCUCCGUUGUCGCCUCUAGUUCAUUAUCCUCUGCAGCAUGUGUCUCCACAGGUGCCCUCCUUUCUGGUCAAACCGCUUGCCCGGCAUCUCCUGUAGAGGCAUCUUCCACAGCCAGUAUUAUUGCCUCAGUAUCUCCUGUUCAAGAAUCCUCCACUGCUACCAUGUUACCUUCAACAUCUUCUAUUGAGCAAUCCUCAGUCGCCGGCAUUCUUACCACUACUUCAGUUCCAUACCCCCACACUACCUCUACCAUUUACGGAACAAACACACGCACUGACGAGCUUGGAUCUGUUGUAACCGAAACUCUUAUUCUUUCGACUACUAUUUGCCCAAUCACUGCUGCCGAUGGAGAAGCCACCCCUUCACCAUCCAGCGCAAACAUCGAUUCGACCACAACUAUUCAAAGUACUUUCACAAGUGUUAAAUCUGCCGCUACAAUCUACAGCACAGUUACACUUCCAGGUGAAGUUUCCUCUGAUAUUAUUGUAGCAACUAGCGGAAUUGCACAAACAACUGUUCCAGCUGCUCAGCCUUCAUCUACCGAGAUCUCCGUGGCCAGUAGUCUUAUUAAUUCGACUUCUGUUGCCGUUAGCAGUCCGGUUGUAGGAAACACCAGCAGUGCUGUUGUUGUUCUCCAAACAGCUACCGUCAUUCCAGAAGCUUACACAACUCAAGUAUCUGGCGCCGCAUAUGCUUGGAGCACUGUCACUACCGAGGGAACCAGCACUAUCGUCCCUGUCGGUUCAAGCCCAAGUGUUCCAGCAUCUGCUGAGAGUGAUAGUUCUGUACCAACUACUUCAGCUGGAGCUAGCUCCGGUGAGACCACCAGCGUAUCUGCCCCAGCAUGCGUACCCUCUGGCGGUGCUCUUUUAUCUGGCCAAACAGCUUGCCCAGAAACACCCGCUGCCUCCACUAGUGCACUCUCAGGAGAGGUUACUAGCAUUGUUUCUUCGGUCAUUAUCCCUACUCCAGCUAUAUCUCCGGCCGCUUCUAGUGUGUCACUCUCUGGAGAGACUACUAGUGUAUCUUCUGCCGCAUGUGUCGCUUCCGGAGCUCUUCUUUCCGGUGAAACAGCUUGCCCAGAAACUCCAGUCAAGGCUGUAAGCUCCAGCGCCGCCACUUCCACGCAACCAUCCACCACAUCAGUAACCAACACUCCAAUUCCAAGUGACGCCUCGGUCGUCCUCUCUAUCGCAACCGUGGUCCCCAUGCAAUCUGCCCCUGCCCCUGCUCCAGCCGCCACAUCCGCCGAAGGUAUUAGUACCCCUCAAUCAUCCAGUGUAGUCGCCCAAGCUGGAACCACCAGCCCAAUAAUCUUUACCCCAACCUACGCAACCACCUCUUUCAUCACAAAACCCACAUCCGCAUCCGCCAACGCUAGCUCUACUCAAACCAUUACCUCAAGUAGCGUAUCGAUAACCGGAACUGGUAUCCUUAUCGACACCUCCACACUUGGAAGUACCGAAACUUUCACAUUCGCCAUGCCAAGCGCCUAUAGCGCGACUGGUACAAGCGAUGCUAGUGCUGUCACUGCUUAUCCUUAUUUGGACUCUGGAGUCUCAAAGGUCAGUGUUCGGGGGAGUAUCAUGGCUGCUAUAGGGGUCAUGGGUUGGUUGUUGGUGGUUUAG